AUGAGUCCUGCUCCACCAAAACCCCAGGCUGUCUCAUGGGCGUCGAUCCCUAGGAAAGGUCAGCUUGCUGUCAUAGUAUUCGCCCGAUUGGCAGAGCCCCUGAGCGAACGGUCUCUGUCAUCGUACCUCUUUUACCAACUGCGAUGGUUUGAUCCAUCUCUGAGUGCUGCAGAAAUCGCCAAACAGGCUGGAUACCUCACCGCCGUGUUUGCUGCCGCACAAUGCCUCACAUCUAUGUGGUGGGGAUAUGCUGCAGACAGUCCUUACCUCGGUCGCAAACCUGUAUUGGUUGUUGGCAUGAUGGGCUCGGCGAUAUCAGCGCUGGGAAUGGACUUUUCAAGGUCUCUGUCCAUGGCUUUCUUCUUUCGCUUUCUGGCUGGUGCACUCAACGGGAAUGUUGGUGUACUUCGAACAAUGGUAUCCGAGGUGGUGGUGGACAAACGAUACAAAGCUCGAGCCUUCCUUCUCCUACCCAUGUGCUUCAAUGUUGGAGUUAUUAUCGGGCCACUUCUAAGUGGUUUCCUUGCGGACCCUGUUCACUCACUACCGAGCAUUUUUGGCCCUGGUUCGCUGUUCGGAGGUAAAGGCGGUGUGCUGUGGAUGACGAAGUUCCCAUACGCGUUGCCCAACCUAAUGUUUGCCAUCAUCCUGGGCACAGCGGCUCUUGCGAUCAUCUUGGGUCUCGACGAGACGCACCCACAACUACGACACCAGCCCGAUCGCGGCCGCAGACUCGGGAGACUCCUGGUCCGCAGGCUCCUGAGAGGCAAAGCGGACGAAUAUGCUUACCAUCCCAUACAUUAUGACACUUCUGCUGCCUCAAACGCUCGGCUUUCAUGCGACGAGGUUGUAGAAACGCCAGCAAAUGUCUGCCUGACAAUGCUGCAGCGCUUUCUCCAGUCAUUGCACGUCUCGGCAUUCAACUCGAUUUUCUUUAGUCUUCUUCCGGCACCACGAGCAGACCAAGCCAGUUUCGAUUUACCUUUCCGCUUCAGUGGUGGCCUCGGGCUCUCGAGCAAGAAAGUAGGCUUUGCCAACACGACCAUCGGCAUGAUUGGGCUACCGCUACAAUUACUUCUGUACCCAAAGCUCAUCGGCAGCAUCGGUGUCAGAAACUCGUAUCGUGUCUUCCUACCACUCAGCAUCAUCGCAUACGUCCUGCUGCCCUACCCGGUUCUGUUGCCUGACGAUGUCGUGCUAAUCUGGAUAUGCUUAUCAAGCGUGCUGGUGAUGCGUGUUACGUCUCGGACCUUUGUAAACCCAGCGACGGUGAUGCUGGUCAAUGACUGUGCACCCAGUCCACAUCUGCUUGGGACGGUGAACGGUGUUGCCUCAAGUAUAUCGAGUGCGGCUCGCAUCUUGGGACCGACUGUGGGUGGCGCUAUGCUUGGCUGGGGACUCUCUCACAAUUUUGUUGGGUUGCCGUUGUGGGUAUUGGCCAUGAUCGCGAUGGUAAAUUGGAUAGCCCUCCUGUUGAUUGAACAUGUGAAGAUGUGA